AUACCAAUUCGUUAUUGAAGUCGAAUCUUUGCAACAAAAGCAAACGAGGAAUUGGUGUUGUCGCAAGUAUAUUUUAUUCGAUAUUUUUGUUCAACAAUUUAACAGUGACGAAAAUAAUUAAGUAAUCUUCUGUAAUAAAAAAUUGUGCGUAAGUUUAAUUUUUUGCUUGAAAAGCACCGAUUGUGACAUGAAAAAAUAUAUCUUCAGAAAGAUGAAUAUGUUGGAAAAAAAUUAAGAGUACAUAAAUUUCAAAGUGGAAAGGAAUUGAAGAAAAAGAAAGAUGUGCUGAAGAUUAAAUACAAGAAGUAAAUACACAUAUUUUUGCAAAAUAAAUCAAGUAUUUUAUUUAAAAAUGCUAAAUAUUUAUAUAAACUAUAAAUGGUGUAAUAAAUAGUGAUGUCAAGUGCAAUAAAAGUGGUUUAUUCUUGUCCCCAAUAAAAAGGAUAAAAUAAGAGCUAGAAUUUUCACAAACGGAGUGUAAAAUUGUUUCAGUGCUGAUUUGAUUAGGUCCAAAUUAGCCGAGUAACCAAAUAGUCACGGUUGUCAUAAAGUUGUUAUAUCUGUGCUCAGCUUAUAAAAAACAUUUGCACUAAUUAAAUAUAAUGCAGAACAGUAGCAAUUCCAACCGUCAAGGCAAAGAGAAACGUUUCUCUAUCCACGAUGCAUUCGAAGAGGAGACAGACGAGGCCAUACGCGUGUAUGGUUCCACCGUGAUAUCAACACCCAUGCGUGCAAAGCAACGUUCAACCGAUGAUGUAUCCAUUCGCAUUCAGGAUCCAAAAAACUACACCAAAUACGCAGAGGAUACGACAUCGCGUGACAGCGACUCGCUGAUCCAGGAGUACGGCAACAUACCCACAGAGGAGACAAACACAUACUGUUGGCGGCAUCCGAAGGUGCGCGAAAACUGGCGAACUGUAUUAGCGGCUGUCACCUUGCUGAUUGUCGGCACUGGACUCUUUGUAUUCGGCACAUUCGCUGUCGCAGAUCCGGCGAACACAUCACAGGGUGUGGUGUUCUUUGUUGCCGGCUUAAUCUGCUUCAUACCGGGCGCUUAUCAUGUCGUCUACAUUUGGCUGGCAGCCAAGGGAUACAGAGGGUUCGACUUUUACCACCUGCCGUUGUUUACAUAAAACAACGACGACGCCAACACCGUCAACUACCAAGCUAGAUGGGUAGACAACAAUGACGAUGACGACGACGACGACGACGAAGACGACAACAACGACUACGACAUGGGUGAAGGCAUUAAUCAAGACGUUGGCCAUGACAAUGAUAAAACCGAUAGUAGAAUGGCUUAAUACGCAACGAAGUUGCAUAUGUCUCCUAUAUGUACAUGUACGCGUAUGUUUAUCCAGCAUUCAGAGCUUGACAUUAUCCUUUGCUUACAGCGCUGUUUUGUCGUCUUAGAGAUUUGCGUGUUGUGUGUUGACCGGCGGCAUAGUCGAAAUAUUUAAACAUAGUUAAUAUUACGGUAGAAAUGGUCUUCGCCGCGCUUAAAAAGCAGCUGAUUUUUUGUUACUAACAUCACAACAUCGUCAUUACAUCUUAACUUAUUCGUGGAGCAAGGCAGUUUCCCAAAGCAAACACACUAAAAAAUCGUAUUGCCUAGCGGUCGCUCACCACCACCAUGCGUACACACGGCAUUUUGUCGUUGUGGAGUUUGACUAAACACACACACAUAUAUGUAUACAUACAUAGUUUACUUCGGCCCAGUGGGCAAAGUGCACGCCAAAUUUAUAUGACUUAGAAGGCUGCGUCUCUAACUCAUCUUAGUAUCUAGUUAAGAUAUACUAAAAACGCUUCUGAUAUUACAUAAACGGUAUACUAUAGUAAAACGUAGAAAGCAAUGAAACAAUAAGUGUCACUCUCUUAGUUUUAUGACGUACGAAAUUCUAAAUUUCACUAUCGCUGGUAAAUAGUUUUCUAUUUAUUUAUGUAUAUUUAGCUGUGUAACUAAGUGUGAACAGAAAUUCGAUACCACUUGCGUAAGGACGGCUACAAAUUGCAUAUGGAAAACGAACUGCAAAUAAGUGAAAUACAAUAGAAGUUAGGGGGAGCGUUUGAGAAGCGAAGUCACAGGGUGUUAAAAGAGUUGGAGUUCUAGGCGGAUGUUCGUGGGCAUGCUGCAGUGACUGAACAAACAACAAAACCAACAUUUGUCAGAAAUCCAAGCACGUAGCUGAUAUUUAAUGCAGUCAACUUAAUAUUUCGCUUUUAAUCCUGCGAAAUUACUAAAUAAAAAUAUAAAAAUUAAUAAAACGAUUCCCUUGUAACAUUUUCAAAAAAAAAAAUUAUAAAGUAAAUGUAAAAUAUGCAAAAGUUAACAACAACGCCUGCACGCCACUAAAAAUUAAGAAUUAUAAUAACAACUAAGCGUUUAUGCCGAACUAAUAAGUGCACACACAUUUUUAGGAAAUUUAAGUAACCAAUUUAGCAAUGCAAAGAACGGGCAGUCUUGAAGGCAAUGCUUUCAAAGCAAUGCUUGCGAGAAAUUAAAAUCAAUCAAUCAGAAAUAAAUAGCAAAAACGUAUUACUUGUAUCAUGUGCUUCGAAUUACUGAUUAGCACUGAUUUUUCAAAAAUUUUGUGAUUGGUUUGAAAUCGUUUGGCCCCUGAAUAAAUCCUGCCACUAACUGAAAGUUACCUAAAACUAGUUACGAAAAUUGUGCAGAGCAUACGGCCCCUGAUCUAUUCACUAUAAAAAAGUGGUUCUCCAUAUGGACUACAAACCCGGGAAUAAUUGUCCUCGAUCUCCCCCCACUCUCGGUCUCUGAUGAUGUCGUCUGUAUCCAUUCUUUAUAUCGUCAUCUAAAAUGCAAAAUAACGUAACAUCACUUUUCAUAAGUUUACAGGUGAAAGAAAAACAAAGUAGUAGUAACCAACCACUCAUAUUAAAAUAUAAAAUUUGAAUUUUGGUUAUAAAAUGGUUAUAUAUCAGUUAUAUUUUGGUUAUAUCUGCUAUAUAUAUGUUAAAUAUAUGAUGUAGUAUAUCGUAAACAUUAAAAAAAAACUCAACCGCUCAUAUUGAAACAAAAUUUGAGUUUUGGUUAUAAAAUGGUUAUAUAUCAGUUAUAAAAUGGUUAUAUAUUGGUUAUAUCUGCUAUACAUAUGUUAUAUGAUGUAGUAAAUCGUAAGCAAUAAAAAAUUCUACCACUUAUAUUGAAACAAAAUUUGAGUUUUGGUUAUAUAAUGGUUAUAUAUUAUUUUUAUUGGUUAUAUCUGACAACCGAAGCUGAAAAUAAAAAAAUAUAAAACUCUCAAUUUCGAUUUUGUUGAUGAUACGUUGUUUUGAGUUUUAGCUGACGAUAUAAUUGUUCUGACUUCUUGAAGCCUUCCACGCAAUAUCAGCUGCAAUUAAAAUGCCCGUUCUUCUUUCAAGUGCACACAUUCGUCAAAUUGAUAUUUUGCUGCUCGAAUUUCGAAAUCUCCUUGGUAUGCAAAUGAGUUUAGAGAGUUGUUUAUUUUAAGGUUAUGUUUGGCAGAAUACAUAAUAAUAGAGUGUAUGGUUGCUUGUGCAUGUGUGUGUAUAAUGCAAAGACUUUCUUUUUGUAAUGCAUUUGUUUUAUUUUGAAAAUAUUGAAGAAAUCAAAUAAAAUCAAGAAGAACGACAUAAUUAGCUUAAGUCAUAACAUUUAAUUCUAAGUAAUAAUCAAAUAAAAAUCGAGCAGGCUUUGUAGCAACCAACUACAUAUGUACAUAAGUGUAUGUGCGCUGCAAUAGCAGCAAGCCGUUCAAUCGAAUGUGUUACAUAAGCUUAAGAAUUAAGAAAACCAAAAAAUUUACUUAUAUUUAAAUAUAUUUUUUUAUACAAUUUUUUCCAUUUUUCUUUACGCCCCACAAGUUGAGAAUUUAAUUUUACCAUUUUGUUUUAUUUACAUACAUACAUAUAUAUAUGGUGUAAAAACUGCAUUCGCAUGCGAAAUAAAUUGUGAAAAAGUUUAGCUCGCUGCCAAUGCAGUGAAAUGGUUGUAGAAAACGAGAAACUAUGGCGGCAUGCAAAAUUUGCGAAUUUGAAAACCAAAUUUGCAUAUUAUUGUGUCGAGCAAAGUACACUUGCGAUAUUUACUUUUAAAUUAUUAAUUACUAAUUAUCAUUAGCCUAGUAUUUAGGUAAUCGAUCAAUGUCCCUCCACUAUUUCUGGCAAAUACUUUUUUUAUUUCGUUUAAAAUUUUUAUAUCGAUUUAUAAUAUAUACAUACAUACAUAUAUAUAUAUAAUACAUAAUGUACACUUUUAAUGCAGGCAAUAAGCGAUAAUAAAUAUCUCGAUUCUUAUUUAAAGUAAAAUGAAAA